AUUCUCGACGAGGCAUUCGUUUGGUUCGGUGGAGGUCAUCGCAUUUCUUCGUGCCGCGGCGUCGAAGAUACCGAAGAAAAACCGAGGCAGGAAAGAAAUACGGACGUGACGGAGAGAGUGCGAGCGAUACCAGCUGACAAUCGGAAGAUACGGUACAAACGGGAUGAGAUUUUCGCGGAAUCGAAUCGAUCUUCGAUCAAGGAUGCUCUAAGGAUUACCUUCUGCUAGAGUUGUGUGUCGCUCUUCUCCUUGAAGAUCAGUUUUUGUGUGCCAGUGGAUGAGAUUUUGUUUCUCAUCAUGGACCUGAGAUACGCUCUAGUUAUGCUGUUGAAAAUCCUCAUUUCGACGUCGACACUGCCCGUAUUGUACAGAGCGUCAGGCGUUCAAGGGGCAGCCCUUUUGGGAGACCCCACAAUGAGCAGAAAUUCAACCAACGACACACCAGACACCUACUACGAUUACGAAAUCGCCGAUGACAGUCAGGAACUCGAACAGAGAAACGUGCCGACAAAAGCCAAAGAGGCAUCUGAGGAAAUUCCUGACCCGUCACCGCUGGUGGUAUCCGGCUACAAUCUGCCGGAGAACAUUUUCAAUCGCGGCAAACCGUUCUACGUGGAGAAAGACCCGCUGACCGGCCAAAUAGAUUUCGCCCAAAAAUCUCCCACGCUGGACGAUGAUUUGUACGACUACGUGGACGAGGAACCGAGCAGGAACAUCCACGAUAAGUCGAAUAUCGACAGAAAAGACGGUGGACACCGUCACACCGACGUCAACCAAUUGACGCCAAACUUUCACGAUUUUCUGAAUCUGCCUGUGAAGUACAACUCUGCCAAGUACGUGUACCCUUUGAUAUCCAACUCCUACGCCAGCACCAAGAUCCAAGGCAGCGUCAACAAGUUCCACAACCACAAAGAUUACAAUUUCAAAACGUCCACGAAAAAACCGACGCCUCCGGCUUCUAGCCCUACUUAUUAUUCGGAUAGCAACCAGUACUUUACCCAGCCACGAACCACGGUCACCACAACGACAACCACCACCACAGCAAAACCAACGACCAAGUCGCCUACCAAGGUAUAUUUCACUACCAAGCCCACCAACCUGUUGAACACCGGCAUGGGACAUCCUAGUUUCCAGGAGGAAUUCGAGGAUUACUACGAUCUCCCAGCUGCUACCACCACGACAGUGAAAACUGUCCCCGAGAAGGUUUAUUUGACCACCGAGAACGUAGAUAAAAUUUACCUCACGUCCAAAGCCCCAGAAACAACGUCCACCAAGAAAACCAUGUCGCUCUUUGAGCAGUUGUUUGGGGAGUACGACGAUACCGUGGCACCUCCUGUUACCACCAAGCAGCCAUCUUUAUUCUCCAACCUACCUGGCAACAAGUACAACAAAAACAAGUACCAAAAAACCGAGAAACCACAGUAUCCCAGUACGACCACAACUACGACUACUACAACGGAAACACCGCAAGUCCACAAUUCUCACGCCGGUCCGAACGUACUGACCGGUACUAAUAUGGGAUUAGAACCGAAUUACGAGUACGAGGAUUACGGUAGCGAAAAGUACGAGGACAAUGUGGCUGUGCAAAGCAAGCCGCAAUUGAUGGUCGACGAAGAUUUGACUAUCGAACCAUUACCCGACUCAUCCACCACUACCACCACCGAGAAAGUUGUCGAAGUGAAACAAAACAUCACCGACUACUACGAUUACCCCGAGGAAAAGGAAAAUACCGCGACUAGCACCACCACUUCGACUACAACCACCGCCAAAACCACGACUUCUACCUUUCCUUCGGUCAAGGUGACCUCGCUACCUCUCGGCGACAACCACCUGACCACUCCCAGUCACGAACCAUUCAACAGGGAUCCCAUCAUUGUGGCUACUCAGAACCUGCGAGAGAAGCUCAAUAGCGAAAAAGUGCUACCCAAACCGUUCGAAAAACCCUCGAAUCCUCCUAGUGCUAGUAAUAUCCACAUCGCUCACAAUCAGGACACCGUGUCAUUUGUCGUUGGGAACCAACAAAGCGUCGACGGUACUCAGUACGUCGGUACUUCGAUCAAAGAGAAUCCCUAUGACAUCAACAAUUCGUUUAGACCGCAGAUUUCGUACGGCAACGAGGAUUCAGUUAGCUACAAGAUCGAAGCCGAGCCGGAAGUGAGCUUCCAGCUGGCCGCUCCUCCUGAAGCUGUCGGCAGCGCUGUCACUAUCCAACCUUUGAAAAACUCGGAAGCUUCCUUAGCCAUAGGAGUGCCGGUGCAGGUGCCCGGUCACGUGGUAGACGACCACCUGAACAAAGCCGUGCAGUUCCCGCAGAGCGGUAGCAACAAAGUAGUGUUCCCGGACGAGAAGCAACCGGAAUUUCCGGACUUGGUGCCUCCGCCCGUUCAGGCGAAUAGAGAAGUGUUGCCUUUGAAUUCGCAGCCGAUGUACCAUCAGCUACCGAGCGAUCUGACUCCGCCUCGAGAACCGGAAACUGUGGCUUCUCCUAGACCGGAAAAUAGACCGGCCAGACCGCCUUGGGAUCCGCGACCAGGGCAUUUUUAUAGUGGCAAGCCCGAGUAUAAUAGGCCUCCGCGGCCCCCGGCGGACGUCGCCUACAAACGGAUCGACAACUUGCCCAACAUUUUGCCUCAGUUCCGGCCGAAUAUGAACAAACCUCCAGGCAGUUACUACGAGAAGAGGUUCAAUCGGCAGCCACUCUUAGACAGACCCUCCAACAGACCUAUCGGCUUCUUCGAGAAAAUGCAGCCACCCCCACCUCCACCACCACCGAUUUACCGGCCGGCGAUGAGAAAUAACAUCCCUCCAAUGCACCACGACUCGAACGGUCCUCCUAUGGCCGAAGACAGGAUAACGAACGAAGCACCCAGAAGGCCAAACCCGGAAUUCUCUUUUUAUCGCACUCCCCCACAGCCAAAGAUAGCCAACAGGAGGAACGGAAAUGACGACGAAGAAGUGGUAGAAACGCUGCAGAUGAUCCAAGCCAAGAACUCCGACAAAAAAGACGAACCACCGGCAUCUGUCACGCAAGUAGUAAACAUUCUAGCGGCGAACGAGGGAUUCAGUGUCAACACGGAGAAAACAAUCUACAAGGUGUACCCGGUGAACACGCCGCCGAUCAAACUAGACGUGAUCGAUACCAACGAGAAAGACACCGUGGUGAUCGGCACGAGAGCGGAACCUCCUUUACCGCCCUCGAAAAUCCACCCCCAGGACUUCGUGUUCGAUCCCAAAGAGCGUCACGACGCUCCCAUCUUGAAACCGCACCCGAGGCCGAGCUACGCCACGAAAACGGACUUCCCGUACCACUUGGAACGGCCGAACUCCAAGUCCGAGGACGAGCCGGAUCACUUCUUCAACAACCAGUGGAACGGCGUCGGCGAACAGGCGGAGUCUCGAAUUGUCACAGGUCACGUGCCCAAUCAGAUAUCGGCCACGCUGAAGACGUACACCGAGAAGCCGAUAGCAGUCGCUUACACCCCUACUGAGCCUAAUCUAGACGCUGACAAGUACUCGAUGCCGAACUACGGCAGUCCGGUGAUUCCCGAGAUCCAAGGUCACCGAGUGCCGUUGGGCGGCCCAGAAAUCGCUCACCGAGUCGACGAAUCCUCCCCUUUCCCCUCCGACCUGCCCGCCUAUCCGCAGCUGGACUUUCAGGCGCCCUUCUUGGCCAGCGACCACGUGGACGCGACCUUGAACAAGGGCUGGGCGGUGGUGCGAGAGACGAAGAACAGGACGACGGAUCAGACGGAGGGCACGACGAUGCCGUACGCGACCACGGGGGAGUUCGAUAUGGAGCACUUUCAGCCGCAGCUGGAGGGCGGGUUCAAGCCCAUCUACAGUUUUCCCGAGGGGGAUGAUAAGCCGGCUGGUGUGGAGGUCGGCGAGCGAGAGGAGCGAUAAGUGGGAUAGAGGUACUAUGUUGCUAAAUUCACUGAAAGGAAAUGGGAUGAUGAUAUGAUGAUCCGGCUCGAAGGACCAUGUAGGAUUUUUCCUACAGGAAUAUGAGGCUGGGUGCUUAAUUCACCUGUUGAACAAUCUCUAGGUGAAUAGGUGGAUCAAUGUUUUGAGAUUAUUUCAGAGGUUAGAUCUGUGUUUUGGUUUUUAUGAUUUCUAAAUCAACUGAAUAACUUGUUUGUAUCCUUGAUUCGAGUUACUGUUUACUAGCAGCAGAAAUAGAGUAAGUCAAAAGUACAAAACAUCAGUUGAUAUUCAACUUGAUCUACCAAUCUAAAUGAAAAAUUGAAACUAACCUCAAAAAUAUGUGUCUCACCCAGUGCAAUUUGCUUUUUCUCUUGCUAUAAUUUCAGUCAAACAUGGAUUAACCAUCAGCCUAUCAACCGCAUCCUAUAUGGUAUAGAUUCACCAUACUGGUGAAAUUAGCAACAUAGUGGUAAUGUGAAAUAUAUGAAAAUUUAUUUAGACAUGAUGGGCUCAGAGUUGUGUGACUGAUAAGAUAUGGUCACUUUCAGUGGCCUUUGAUAGGAUCGAGAUCACAAAGUGGAAUUAUUGAAGACAUGUAUUCAGGCGUUUGAAACAUAGAAAAGUGUUCCUUAUACAGACUUUCAUAUUCAUAUUAUGCUGUGAAUCUGAAUUCGUCAAAUUGAAUGAAAAGAAAAUGUAUUCAUUUUCAAAAAAGCAUUUUGAACCUUUUGAUGUUGAGAUUUCCGACCACUGAAGAAGUGAUUGUCAGUAGUAAAUAUAUAGGUGAUAGAAGGGGAUGAUUUCGGUGGCGUUUUAACUUAUUGAUGAGUAAAAAUGCUACUAAAAGCUUUCAAUACGAUUCUGAGGUAGACAUUUGGAGGCAGAGCGUUGGAUUUCAGAAUUGUAUUGAUAAAUAAAAUUUUUAGUUGUUAACGGAAAACUAUUUUAGAUUACUCCUAGUUGUUUAUUAAUUUAUUGAUAUUUAUAGAUUUUAUUGAAAUAUAUUUUAUUUUUGUAGAUGUUU